AUGGAGCUCGCCAGUGUGCCCCCGGCCAGCCUGGUCCCCGGCAGCCUCCCCUCCGCCGGCCUGGCCGCCAGCCCCGGAGCCGCCGGUGAGCCGCGCCCGCCGCGCUGGCCGCGGGGUCUUGGGCCGGGCUUGGUGGUGGCCGUGUUGGAGCGGUAUUGGUGGCGGUGUUGGGGCGGUGUUGGUGGCGAUGUUAGUGGCAGUAUUGGUGGCGGUGUUGGUGGCGGAGUUAGUGGCGGAGUUAGUGGCAGUAUUGGUGGCGGUGUUGGGGCGGUGUUGGUGGCGGUGCUGGUGGCGGUGCUGGUGGUAGUGUUGGUGUCGGUGCUGGUGGCGGUUUUAGUGGCAGUCUUUGGGGCAGGAGGACGCUGCCCGGCCCCGCUGCCCGGCGCUCCCCUGCCCGGCGCUCCGCUGACCGCCGCUCCCCGCUCUCUCCCCGCAGGCGAGCCCCGGGCGCGCCCCGCCGGCCCCAGCUCGGGCCGGGAGGGCGGCCGGCGCAAGCGAACCACCUUCAGCAAAGCGCAGCUGGAGCUGCUGGUCCGCGCCUUCGAGAAGGAGCCGUACCCCGGCAUCGCCCUGCGGGAACAGCUCUCCGGCCUCACCGACAUCCCCGAGUCCCGGAUCCAGGUGUGGUUCCAGAACAGGAGAGCCCGGCAGCUAAACCACAAGAAGAGCGAGGCCGCCGCCUACGCCAGGCCGGGCAAGCCGAAGCCGUCCCGGUGCGCCGGCCCGGAGCGGCCCCGGGCGCAGCAGGGCCCGGGCACAGAGCGGAGCCUUCUCUGCCCUCCAGGCCUGCCGGUAGGGAGCCAGAGCUUCUGCGGUCAGCCGCCGUCCUACUCGGGGCAGCUGUACUCAAGGCUCGACAUGCAUUUCAGGAGCUUGGAUAACGCUUUUGGAGCGCUGGGUCAGAGCCCGGCCGAGUUGGGUUUGGACUGUUCGGGAAGAGGGGUCCCGCUGGGUGCGGGGAGCGUGGGGAGCGCCCCUCCGUUCUCGCUCCCUGUGCAGCAGGCACAGGAGUACCCGCACCUGAAGAAAUCCUUCCCUGAAAGCUUCUACUCAGAUGCAGAUGUUUUCCAGCCCUGUACAGAUCACCAGUACCCAGCAGCUAAAGAGAACAUGUACAGGAAGCCUGUCUUAAACUACUUCAAUGCUAACCAGGGCCUGGGUGUUGAGAACUGUUUGUAUGCCAAGUCAAGCACUUCUCCCUUUGGGAAGGGCUCCACUUUCAGUUAUGAUGGGGGAGAACCUAAGCUUGAGCCCGAGCAGAUGAGGCACAGUUCACCUCUGCUUGCAGAUAGUAAUGCUAGUCCUCCUUUGGUACAUCCAAAGCAUGAAGGGGGGUAUCAAGGGACACUUGCCACUCCAGCCCCAUUGUAUGGGCAGCAGCUGCUGGAGACAGUAAAUGACUAUGACCCUCAUUGGCUGGGCAUGAGAAAUGAAAUUUUGGGAUCAGGGUUAGAUUUGCUGUUUGAGAAUGAGCUAACUGCAGAGCAAGGUCAGACCAAAAGUUACUUUUCUGCUUUUGGUGGCCAGAAUUCAGUCUGUCAUUUGGGUCAGACAUGAAACUGGCAGUGGGUCCACUUGCCUGACAGAAAAUGAAUGUGAAUUUUUUUUUCUCAAUUGGCAGUAUUGUGUAAAGAGGCUAGAGGUUUUGCAGGUCUAAGUGCAGAGUGCUUGCCCUGAAUUUUGUGCCCUGUCUGGAAGGGAAAGAAAGAUAAGUCACUUUAGCAAGGGUUACCUGCUGAAUCUGAGCUGCCUCCCCACUCCAAGAGAUCUUUCACCAGCUGCUUGCAGUAUUCCUGCACAUGUUUGGUUAUGGGCAGCUAACAUUAACCUGCAUGCACAGACUGACCUUCACAAGUAUCCAGUACUGGAGAGUUCUCUGUGUUCAGACUGUGCUGGUUUAAUUCUGCCAGGAGGCUUAGCACUAUGGUGUUGCUUUUGUGGUCUUACUGCACUGAGUUUUUUUUCUGUUCUGGUCAUAAUUCACUUAUUUUAACUUAAGGAGUCCUAGAUAACAGACUUAUUUAUAGCUUUUAGUUGAGAAAGCAUUAACACAAGAAGGGUACAAGCACGGGAAAAGCAGCCUUGGUGGUGGCAGGGGACAUCUCACUGGGUGUGUUUCAAUUUUAGAUGUGUUCCUGAUAAAGAGCACUAAUGGUCUUUUCCUGGGUACUUAGUAUAUAGUGUUUUCAUUUAAAAAUGACCACAGUCUUUUAAAAGGCAAUAUUUUUGUGAUUUUCUUUUGUGUAAUUUGUUUGCAAAUUGUCUUUUUUUUAUAAAUUGUGAUUGUCUAAUUGCCAAAUUAAUGGUUUUUGCCUUCAUGAAAUUGUAGAAUUGCACUCAGAGGAGAGAAAAAUGUGUUUCAUCUUUGCACGUGCAUACUGAGCCUUUUUUAGAAUUCUGAAGACCAUGGUUGUGCAGAACACCACAGUAAUCAUGGAAAGGUUCUUUAUGUGCACCGCUGGAAAACUGCCAUGAAUGUGUGUUAAAGCAGUAUUAGGCCUAGGAUGCUGAAAACUCUACAUGCAGAUCUUUUUUGUGUUUAAAAUGUGGCUCUGGAAUAUUUUAAAGUGUGCUUAGAUUGUAAUACAUUUGUUAUUAACUCAAUUAUUUUGUUUAUAGAA